AUGCCCAAAUCAUUCCUAAUGAGCGGCAAGAGAAAGAAACUACUGGAGGUUUUGUACAAGGAACAAGAAGUACCAGAGGACGAAUCAGAGACGUCUUCCGUCGACUCCUGUGGCGACAGCGGCGUCGCCGACAGCAUGGCAUGUUCUGACACAUCUACGUCACCUGAACAUCAACGCGACGACAAGGUGUCAUCACCUCUGAACCUGUCCGAGAGAGCAGCACACCCCUUACGGAAGGCUGUACCCAAAGUCUCAUCGACAUUUCCCUUUGGGCGGGUGACACAUGGGGUGGGUGGACUGCACCCGGCGUUCUUACAGUUGGAGGGACUGCACCAUCGGCGGACCCACACAGACAAGCCCCCACCGGUCAAGAAGUACAAAUGUGACACGUGCGGCAAGUCGUUCUCAAGGAGCAACACACUCGUCACUCACAAGCGCAUUCACACAGGUGACAAACCCUUCAAAUGUGAGCAGUGUGGUCGAGCGUUCCGCCAGCCAGGCAAUCUGACACGCCAUCGUUUGACCCAUACGACCUUCAAGCCGUACGUGUGCGCCACGUGCAACAAGGCCUUCAACAGAGCCUCCAACCUUCACACGCACAUGCGCACUCACACUAACUACAAGCCCUUCCUGUGCCCGUACUGCGGGAAGGGAUUCCACCAGAAGAUCGACAUGAAGAUACACUGUUACACACAUACAGGUAAAACAGGCCACAGGCCAUAG